UCACCUGUCAGGAACAGCAAACUACCUCUGCUAAACACGUUCUGCGAAUAUAAUGUACUGUGUUUCUCUCCCAGCUGAUGAGUCGCAUAGAACACUCUACGCUGUUUUGACCGGACCUACAAGGUUGUCUUUCAAGCUUAUGCAUCGUAUUUUGCUGAUUGAAAACUUUACGAGUGUGCGUUAUACACUAGCUUUCUUUUGUAAACCUUAAACAAGCCAACGGAUGUGCGAUCGGGCAUUACCAAGAUUAGAGCGGUCCCUUGAGCGUGCAUUCAGCUUUUCUCUUUAAAGAUUAAGAGCCUGACAACGUCUGAAGGACAGAGCUAAAGGAUUACACAUUAUACAUGUUCUUUUUUGCAUAAAUAAAAUAAUUUAAAUAAUUCGUCCUGGUCGUAGCCGAAGAUAACUGGGAUGUAACGUGUUAACACGCAUAGAAGUAGUGUAGCCUGAUCCUGUCAGAUCACAGACGCUAAGCAGAGCAGACCUUUGUCGUUACUGGAAUGGGAGACUCCAAAGGAAACAAAGGUUGCUUCUUCCAUGAUGUUGGCAAAAUGGAGCACACAAUGUGACUUUAUGAAAAGCUGUGCCUUAUGAAAAAGGAAAUACUGUUCAGAUAAGGUGGUCACACAGUAACAUUUGACAGAAAAUGCAACAAGGGUUGUGGCUCUUCAGAUGGCUGGGAAUUGGGAUCGUUAUCUUUACUUUCUUCACCAUCAGCAUGUCUCAAGACAGCACAGAAGAUUGGCAGUAUGAGGGUAAGAUGAAUGUAAACUUGCCAGGACAGGACCUCCAGCCACAAUUGUAGCAAUUGAUGAAGAAAGUCCAAAUGGGACGCUCCUGGUUGAUAAUAUGCAAAUCAAAGGACGAGUGGAAGGUCCGCAAAGAACUAUCUCUUUAUCCCUGCGGGACAACUACGAUCACUGGGUGAUUUUGGAUCCAGUACGACAAAGGCUUUAUCUUAACAGCACUGGCCGUGUUCUCGACAGAGAUCCCCCCUCCUCCAUCCAGUCCAUUGUGGUCCAGGUGCAGUGUACAAAUGAGCUUGUUGGUACUGUGAUAUUGCAUGAAGUCCGGAUUGUGGUAAGAGAUCGCAAUGACAAUGCUCCUCGCUUUCAGCAGCCACGCUACUAUGUGGCAGUAAAUGAGUUGACACCUGUUGGCACCACAAUAUUUACGGGCUUUUCUGGAAAUAAUGGUGCCACUGACAUUGAUGAUGGACCUAAUGGACAAAUUGAAUAUAUAAUUCGGUACAAUCCAAAUGAUCCAACUUCGAACAGAACAUUUGACAUCCCGCUCACUUUAUCUGGCUCUGUUACUCUGAGGGAGAGGCUGAAUUAUGAAGAAAAAACACGCUACUUUGUAAUUGUGCAAGCUAACGACCGUGCUCAGAACCCAAAUGACAGAAGAACAGCCACAACCACACUGACAAUUGAUGUGCUGGAUGGAGAUGACUUGGGGCCCAUGUUUCUCCCCUGCUCCCUGGUGAACAACACACGAGACUGUCGCCCCCUGAUCUACAGAGCUAGCAUUCCGGAGCUCACUGACCCAAGCAGAGUGAACCCAGUUAACGUCACUCCAACCAUUCAAGCGGUUGAUCAAGACCGCAACAUACAGCCUCCAUCUGAUCGACCUGGUAUUCUUUACUCCAUCCUUGUUGGUACACCGGAAAAUUACAUGGAGUACUUCAGAUUAAAUGGAUCUACAGCAGAGCUUCGACUUUUGAAGCCAAUCAGCAGAGAUUUAUACCAAAAAUUUGAUUUGGUAAUCAAGGCUGAACAAAAUAAUGGACAUCCCCUUCCAGCUUUUGCAAAUUUACAUAUUGAAGUCCUGGAUGAGAACAAUCAGGCCCCUUACUUUCAAUUAUCCACCUAUCAAGGAUACAUUAUUGAGUCUUCACCAGUGGGCACAACCAUCUCUAACAGUGCAAAUCUUACUGCGCCUCUCAGAAUAAUAGCCCUGGACAAUGACAUAGAAGAGCUUGCUCCUGGUGCCAGUCCUACCAAAGACCCCAUGCUGCAGAUUUCUUUAAACAACUACAACACAGUCUUUACUGUGACUCCUUCCGGGAUAGUGCGCUACCUGACCUUACUGAAGUCAGUGGACAGGGAGCAGCAACAAACCUACACAUUCGUGAUGCUAGCCUCUGAUGGAGUCCAGGAAAGUACUCCAGUCACAGUUAAUAUCCUGGUGAUUGAUGCCAACGAUAACACUCCAACCUUCCCCAACAUCUCCUACAGUGUAAAUGUUUACACAGACAUGCGACCAGGGGAAACUGUAUUACGGUUGACAGCUUUUGAUGCCGAUGAAGGUCCCAAUGGGCAAAUCACCUAUGAAAUUCUGACUGGUGAUCAGGGAGAUUUCUCCAUAAAUAACAGCACAGGCCUGAUCACAGUGGCUCCUGGUGUCAGUCUGAUUGUAGGGCGCUCCUAUGCCCUCACUGUCAGGGCAUCUGACAAUGCACCUGUGUCACAGAGAAGGAGCUCCAUAACUACAGUCUAUAUAGAGGUUCUACCACCGAACAACCAGAGUCCUCCUCGGUUCCCCCAGUUUAUGUACACUCUGGAAGUCAGCGAGGGCAUGAGGACUGGAGCUGUCCUACUGAACCUGCAGGCAACAGACCGUGAAGGUGAUCCCAUAAUGUACCGUAUCCAAAAUGGAGAUCCUCAGAAUGUAUUCAACCUUACCCAAAAUUCAGGGUUUUUGGUGUUAGGUAAGCCCUUGGACAGAGAGAGCACAGAUCGAUAUAUCCUGAUUGUUACAGCAUCAGAUGGAAGACCUGAUGGGACUUCUACUGCCACUGUGAACAUAGUUGUCACCGAUGUCAAUGAUAAUGACCCCAUCUUUGAUCCGUUUCUGCCCAAAAACUUCACUGUCCAGGAAGAAGAGGCAAAUGCAUUUGUAGGCCAAGUAAAGGCAAGAGAUCCUGAUGCGGGGGUUAAUGGACAGGUUCAUUACACCUUAGUGAACCUCAAUGGCAUUUUCAAAAUUAACUCAAACGGCAGCAUUUACACUGUGGUGCCUUUGGACCGGGAAGCACGCGGCCAGUAUGACCUGAUCGUGGAGGCCUCGGAUGGAGCCGUAGAUCCUCGUCGCACGACCAUUACGCUGUCUAUCAGGGUACUGGACAUUGAUGACAACAGCCCGGUAUUUUCCCAGAGCUCAUACACCGUCAGUUUACCAGAAAAUAGUCCUGCGGGAACAGUCUUUCUGCGGCUGGAGGCAAAAGAUGCAGAUCUUGACUCCAAUGUCACGUACCGCAUAAGAACGCAAGAGGCCAGACAGUUGUUUUCUGUCAAUCCUGUGACAGGGGAGUUAUCAGUGUUGCAGGUUUUGGAUUUUGAAACUCUUUCCACAUCAGGGGCAUCCUACACAUUUAUAGUGGAGGCCUUGGGAAGUGGAGGAAGUAUGCCACCUGGACUUGCUACAGUGACUGUGAAAAUAUCGGAUAUGAACGAUUAUCCCCCUGUGUUUAAGAACCCUAUAUACAGGGGAAUGGUGGCUCCAAAUGCAGUUAAGGGCACUAUCAUCACUACAGUGUUAGCAGAAGAUCAAGAUCCUCCUGGCACACCAGCAAGCCGGGUCCGAUACAGAGUGGAUUUAGGACAGUUUCCAUACAGUGGCAGUAUCUUUGAUGUGGAGGAAAACACAGGAAGGGUAAUUACAAGGGUCAACCUCAAUGAAGACCCCAGUGUAACUUUCAAACUGGUUGUUAUAGCCUAUGAUGAUGGGGAGCCUGUAAAGUCCAACAGCACCCUUGUUGAAAUUACUGUUCUGCAGCCUUCAGUGAUUCCAAUCUUCACCCAAGAGGAAUACAGGCCACCUCCUGUGAGUGAAAACGCUCCCAUUGGAACAGUGGUUGGUGUGAUACUGGCAGCUGCUAUAAACCAAACCAUUGUCUACUCCAUCGUCGCAGGGAAUGAAGGCGGUGAAUUUACCAUUAAUAACAGCACAGGAGUCAUCUCCACCAGGAAGCUUUUAGACUACGAAACCAACACCAGCUACAUCCUACGUGUGCAGGCUGACUCUAUGCAAGUAGUGAGGUCCAAUCUGCGUGUUCCCUCAAAAAGCAACACGGCAAAAGUGUUUAUUGAGGUCCAAGAUGAAAAUGAUCACCCUCCAGUUUUUACGAAGAAACUCUACCUUGGCGGAGUGGCAGAAGAUGCAAGGACAUUUACCUCUGUAUUGAAAGUCCAAGCCACGGACAAGGACACUGGGAAUUACAGCGCAAUGCAGUACAGAUUGAUUAUACCGCCAUCAAAUGAUGGCAAGGAUGGCUUUGUGAUUGAGGCAUACACAGGCGUCAUUAAAACAGCAAUCAUGUAUAGAAACAUGCGGAGGUCCUAUUUUAAAUUUGAAGUCAUUGCCACAGACAACUAUGGAGCAGGUUUAAGCAGCAGUGCACAAGUAGUUAUAUCUGUGGUCAAUCAACUGGAUAUGCAAGUUGUGGUUUCAAAUGUUCCUCCUACUGUUGUGGAACAGAACAAAGAUCAGCUCAUUGGGAUUUUGGAACGAUAUGUCCAGGAUCAGAUUCCAGGGGCAAAAGUGGUUGUGGAGUCCAUUGGACCACGAAGAUUCGGGGACGGAUUUGAGCAGGAGGAUUACUCCAAAUCAGACCUCAUGGUGUAUGCUAUUGACCCAUUAACAAACAGGGCCAUUUCACGACAAGAACUUUUCAAGUUUCUGGAUGGAAAACUACUGGAUAUUAACAAAGAGUUCCAGCCUUACCUUGGUCAGGGAGGGCGUAUUCUGGAAAUACGAACGCCUGACAUAGUAGCAAGUGUGAAGAAGGCAGCACAAGCAGUGGGUUACACAGAAGGGGCUUUGUUAGCCUUGGCUAUUAUCAUAAUUCUGUGUUGUAUCCCUGCUAUUUUAAUAGUCAUGGUCACCUACAGACAGUUUAAAGAACGACAGGCAGAGUGUGCAAAGACAGCAAGAAUCCAGAUGGCACUGCCAGCAGGCAAAACUGCAGGGGGUGCCACCAAUAAUCUAUACGAAGAGCUCGGGGACAGCACUAUGCGUGGCUAUGGACAACAAGAGCAACAGCAAUUGCUGAGGCCAUCUCUUCUGAGACCAGAGGAGCUCUCUAUGGAAUCAGGUAUCGAUCCUGGACAGGAAUAUUACACACAGGAUUAUUAUAAUUACGAUCAUGGAUACGACUUGCCUCAGUAUGGCAGUCGCCGGAGGUUAAUCUCUCCAGCAGGAAUGUAUGAUGAGUAUGGAGAGGUGAUUAUGGAAGAUGAUGGGAGUUACUAUUACAGUCCACAUGGGUCUUCAGCUGAAGGAGAGGGGGCAAGGCCAGGCAGAAUUCCACCUAAGAGACCUCAGAGAGUUGGUUUUGGGGACCAGCCCCAGGCUGAUCAGGCUGCUGCAGAAGUGGCAGAGACUAUAGAUAGUGGUACAGAUGCAAGUGGAGCUCAGGAUGACCCUGGGAAGAAACUAAAGUCAGUUAUGAAUAUUAGCAAAUUAGCAGCAGGAAGUAAAUUAGUUCCAGAUCAACCUCCAGAUCCUUCUACCUCCCGUUAUUCUCCAUGGAAAAAAGCAAGAAUAUUUCCAAUGAUACUCCAGAAAGUUAAAAGAGAUGGCAAAGAUUAUGCAAAGCUUGUUUCUGCUCGUCGUGUCAAUAGUGAAGAGAGCAUUGCUAGUGGGUCGUCCGGCAGCAAGGUGAUAAAUGGAAAUUAUUUUCAGAAAUCAGCAGACGACACAAGCUCAGCAAAGAAACGGUUAGGGAAAGUGCUGAAACGCAUCAACAUCUCAAAAAAGCUCCAAAUGAGAAGGAAAUCACAGAGUUCUGUUAGUAGAAGUUCUGCCGCUGGUAGUGAGAAAGAAGAGUCUCAGUCACAAGCAGCCAGUGAUUCUGAAAUAGAGGAGAAGAAAUCAAAAGUUUCCAUCAGCAUCACUGGUGAAAGUGAACAAGAGGGGAGUGGAUCAGAGGAGGAGGGCAGCAGCCACAAAAAAAAAGAAUCUGGGGAUGAAUCUUCAGUCAGGAGUAGUGUGGCACUGUCAACAGAAGACAAAGAUUACCUUAAAGUGACAUUGGACCAAGAUGAAACCAAUGAAAGCACAGUUGAUUCUGAUGAAGAACAGGAUGAGAACCUUGAAGACUCAGAUGAGGAGAGCAAAUCGAAGUCUGAGUCUGGCACUGAACAAGACGGUUCUGAGGCAGAGCAGGAGUUGCAGGAGACUGAAGAAGAUGAUGACAGCGAAGACAUAAAAAGUGCUGUUUCUGAAGAAUCCAUUGAAGAUCGGGAAUCAGGAUCCAGGAUAUCUUCUGUCCGCAGCUCAGCUGGAUCCUCCUUCACUGGCACCAGCAGAAAGUCAAUUGAAAGUAGACAAGGGAGUAUAAGAAGCAGUGGUUCAUCAACUACAGAAAAGUCCAAAAGUUCACCUCGUAGCAGAAGUAGCUCUCAGGCAUCCUCUGAUGUACCAACAAGUGAGUCAGAAGUUAGCGAGUCAGAAGAAAGCAGGUCAACAUUUGGAAGUGUAAGUAGCAAACAGUCAACGGGCAGAAGUUCUCAGAAAACCCUGUCAGGCAGUGAGCAUAGUUCCAGAAGCUCAAGAACUGCAGGUAGUAGCUACAGGUCUAGAUUGUCUACUCUAACCAGAGGAUCUGAGGCCACUAUAGAAGAAGAAACCGAGGAAGAAGAAUCUGCCUCAGAAGAAGAACAGGAAGAUGAAGAAACUGAAAGUAAGCACUCAGCGGAAGACAUGAGUGAAGGCACAAUGUCAAGAAAAUCCACUGUCAGUGAGAGAAGUGCCUCUACUCAGGGAAGCAAAAGCAUAAGCAACCAGAGUGUAAUUACAGAGGAAACAGAGACAAAGAGCAGUGUGGUUCUUAGUGCAGAUGAGGGAGAUGGACAGUCAGAAGCAGUCAGAAGUCUGAGUGAUGAAGAAGGAACAGUGUCUCAAAAGACAUCUGUGAGUAGUCACGUCAGUCAGAGCAAGUCUAAAGCUUCAAGGAGCAGUUUUACAUCAGCUGCUAGCGGCAAGAGUAGUACAAUUAAAUCUUUGGUGAGCACCACAAGUUCUAAUGCUUCUAAAUCAACACAGCAAUCACAGUCUGAUGUAAGCAUGAGUGGUCAAAGCAGUAGAAAAUCAGCAUCCAGAACAGUAUCAGAUGACAGCACUCAACAGUCUGUCCGAGGGACACCCCAGGACACAGAAGAGGAUGAGGAUGGAUCGAAUGAUGGAUCAUUAGAUUCAGAGGCUGAGGGUGACUCAACGUCAUUUUAAAAAAAACAGGAACCACUAUGUAAGCUGGUAUUUUGUGACCCACCUGAGUUGAGUGAUUUGUUUGCUCUAUUAUCUGUGUGGAAAUGUUCUCUCUACUUCCUUUUCCUUAUUCAUGAUUUAAGGUUCUCUCUUGAAAUGUCAUGAGAGGUAGGAAACCAUGGUUGUCUUGCUUACUUUGAGAUUUAAGUCAUGAGAACAUAAUGAGAGGAUGCAUUUCUGACCAUCUUGCCUGUUUGGUAGCUAGUUGAUCCAAACCAAAGACUUUAGCCAGCUGUUUCUUGAAAGAUGACAGGAUAUAAGAUUCAAUAAUAUGGCUGUGUAACUUCCAUUUUCCCACAACCCAUUGUAUAAAGAAGUGUCCCCUGCAAUUUUAAAUGCACUUCCGCAUACUUUCAACUUGUGUCCUCUGGUUCAUGUUUGAUUUACAGAAUCGAGUCCUGUCAUAGUGUUCUCUGUUCAAGACUUAAAAGAUGUACUGUAAUUCUUUAAGACUGACAGCGUAUGCAAUUCUUUUAAACUGGUUAUUCUACCCUGGACUGAUUCCAUUGUAACCUUUUUAUAAGACAAGGAUGAAAACUGUACACCACAUUCUAAAUGAGGUCUUUCUACUGCAUUAUACAAUUUUAAUAUUCCUUAAUGUGUGAUUUACACUUUAAACUGCAUAUUUGUUUCCCACAUUGGCUCAAAACAUACAUUAUGUCAACAUAAUCACCUAAGACCUUUUCAUGAAUAACUUUUUCAAGUCUUCUCGUCUAAUGUAUUAUCUGAAGUUUCAUUAAGAGUUGAAAUACUUGCUUUUCUUUAUUUUGAUCAACAUCCUGAGCCAUACUAAAUCUAUGAGCUGAUACACUCUAGGGCUGGUGAAUUAUUCAGUAAUAGCCACGCUACUUUGGCUUAUGUAAUGUGCCUUACUGAAUAUUUCCUAUUUAACAUUUUUUUUGGUCGUUCCUGUUUAACUAUGUGCUUUGUUAUAGUUUUUGUUGUUAGAAAGUUUAUAGUUUGCACAAUAAAAAUAAUGUUAAACUAUAAACUGCAAUGUUUCAGUAUUUCCAUGCGUGUGGUUUUUAUGCGGUGAUUAGAAAAUGUCUUGCAUAUUACUGUACCUGUGCACUAACUGUCCUUUGUUG